AUGGAUGGAUGGAUGAGUCUAUUGACAGACUUCCAGCUGACAGCGAGGUCUCUGAGCAUUACUGGUCAGCCGGCAAGCGAGCGAUCCCGGCCGCCACCAGCUGGUUGUCAGUCUCACAUUCUUUUUCUCAAGACACACAAAACAGCAAGCAGUACCAUCUUAAAUAUCCUGUAUCGCUAUGGUGAAAGCAGGAACUUGACCUUUGCCCUACCUCUGAACAAACACAGCCAGUUGUUUUACCCAUUCUUUUUUGCUUCACAUUUUGUGGAAGGUGUCAGCAGCCGAAGUGUAAGGGAGUUCCACAUCAUGUGCAACCACAUGAGGUUUACAAAAUCUGAGGUGGCAAAAGUGAUGCCUGAGGAUACCUUCUACUUUUCUAUCUUGAGGCAUCCUGUGGCCAUGAUGGAGUCCAUCUUUAUCUACUACAAGAGCAUCCCAGCCUUCCACAAGACUCACAGCCUGGACAGCUUUUUAGACAGCAGCUGGAGAAACUACAACUCAUCUCUGAAAAACAACCACUACGCUCAUAAUAUCCUGGCUUUCGACUUUGGCUUUGACAACAAUGCUGCAGCUGAUACUGAAGACCUGGAGGAGAGAGCCAGCAUGGCUAUUGCAGCUAUUGAGCGGGACUUCCACCUUAUUCUUAUUUCUGAAUACUUUGAUGAGUCCAUGAUCUUGCUCAAGCAUGCCCUCUGCUGGUCCCUGGAAGACGUGGUUUCCUUUAAGCUCAACGGUCGCAGUGAACAAACUCGUCACCCACUUUUACCAAACACUGCAGAGAAAAUCAAGAGGUGGAAUGCUUUGGACUGGAGGAUCUACCUGCACUUUAACACCACCUUCUGGCACAAGAUGGAUAGUCUUGUUGGGCAAGAGCAGAUAAAGAGGGAAGUAUCUCAGUUGAGAGAGCUACAGGCCAAGCUAGCAAACAGCUGCCUGAAAGAUGGCGGGGCAGUUGACCCAUCCCAGAUUAAAGACGCCGGACUAAAGCCAUUCCAGUAUGGAGCAGCUGUAAUUCAGGGCUAUAACCUAAACCCACACAUAGACAGACAAACCAAAAUAAAAUGUCAAAGACUUAUAACUCCAGAACUGCAGUACACAGACCGUUUAUACACCCAGCAGUUCCCAGAGCUAGCGGCUAAGCAUAGACAAGAAACAAGGAUGGACAAAAUGGUCUAUAUGGAGAUUAAUGGGGAAAGCAAAUGCCACACCCCGGGGGAGGACGCCUCACACGCCGGGAGACGGCCGCGGGGGAUGCGCGACAAUAACGGUAAUGGCGGAGGUUUGGUUUAG